UUUUUUUAUGUAAAUCAUGCAAGGGAAAGUUUGGUAGAUGUACAAGGGAAGACGUAGCCUGCAGAUGUACAGGGAGACGGUGUGAAGAAGCGAGUUGACAGCAAAGAAAUCACUUCUGUCUCAAAGAAGAGAACUGCUGUCGACCGGGAAAUACACCUGUGCAGAAAAUGGGUGUGCCACAUCAACAUGGACGUUGAAGAUGCCCAUUGAGUUUCCUUUUUCUCACAUCCUCCCUUGGUCAUGGAGCCUGACUCCAACGACAUCUGUGACCCCCAAAAACCUGGCCUGGAUGAUGAAGAAACCCCUGAUCUGGAGUGUGUCGUCUGUUUCUGCCAGUUCAACAAUGUCUUCAACACACCUAAGGUGCUCCAAUGCAAGCACACCUUCUGCCUGGAGUGCCUCGCCCGGAUGAACGUGAAGUCCCCUCAACCCAACACCAUCCAGUGUCCUCUGUGCCGAGCAUACACCCCGUUACCCGACCUGGGUCUUCCGAAGCUCGCAAAUGACUCCAUGGUGCUGUCCUACCUGCCGGCUACAAUGCAACAGGUCUACAGCAUCCGUUUUAACCGAAGUAAAGGCAAACUGCAGGUGAAGAGAGCAGCCAGCUCCCAGCCGGCUGUACCGCGGACCAUCAGUCAAACUCUGGAUGUCGGGACCCCCAUCGGUGCACAGCAAGAUGGCAUCAGAGAGAGAUCUCUGCUGAUUACAGUACUGCGGACACCCAUGUGCAAAGCUUGUAUCAUGAGUGUAGUGGCGAUUCUGGCAGUUACGGCUACUAUUAUCAUUCUCUUCGAAGUGAACAAAAAAUUUUGAUUUUAAAUACAACACUAUAGCCAUAACUUUCCAUCAAAUGUCAACUACAUUUGAACAAGAAACAAACAGGAUUUGACUUUAUAUAUACAUUUUCAUUUAAAGUCUACAUUAUAAAAUGGGAGCUUUCGACUGUACAGUUUAAGAUACUUUACUGUUAAAUCGCACAUUAUAUUAAUGUGAAAAGUCACUUGGCAACAGACCUAUUAUUUGGCAGACCAAAUUCUUAAUAUUCGGAUUAUUCUUAAUAAGGGCUGUCAAACGAUUUAUUGCGAUUAAUCGCAUCCAAAAUAUAAGUUCGUGUUUACAUUAGAUUUUUUGUAUUUAUAAACGCAUACACUUACAUGUAUACAUAUUAAGGAAAUAUUUACAUGUUAUAAUUUAUAUUAACGUAAACGAUAUAUAUGAAUGUUUAUUAAUAUAUUAUGUAAACACAAACAUUUAUUCUUGAUGCAGUUAACGGCGAUUAAUCAUUUGACAGUAAUAUAUUUAUGUGUAAAAAAUUACUUUUGUUUCUUUUUCUCUAUUAUAAACCUGAGUACAUAUCAUGCAUACAUUUAAUUUCUGUAAAAACAUCUUUCUCUAUUAAAAUCACAUCUUCAUGAGAUUCCACAAAAAUGUUUACAUUUAUAGGCGGUUUCAAUGGCAACAACAAAUGUUAUGUGGCCCAAAGAAUCAAUAACAACCUGCAGCAAAGAAUCAAUAACAACAGAGUCCCUGUAGAGAAGAUAGUUUUAUUACAAUUUAUUUUAAAGUAAAAGGUUAACAUUGACUUAAUAUAAACUGUAAUAUCACAGACCAAUAAACAAACACAGACCUUGAAGUUAACUUUUGUUGCAUGGUAUCUUCGGCUACACUUCUAACCUGCUCUGGAGCAGGUUUUAAUUUUGAGUUAGACAACGCAAACCAAAACUGAACCAAUCAGCUGAGAGAAAGUGACGUACAUCUGACGCUCUGGCAGCAACCCCCUCCUAUCUCUGCUCCCAAAAAAAGUUUUGAUCAGAUGUAAGAGCUAGGGAAAAUAUUUUGCUGCUAAUAUUUGUAUUGUAUAUUUACAUUUAUUGAUUAUAAUUUAAAAUAGGUUAAUAUCAUUCUUAUGUCAGUGGAUAAAUAAUAAUUAUGAAUUCAUAUUAAACAUAGCAUUUAAAUUAACAUAACCACGUUCGUUUAAAAGCAAACUUUAAUAUAUAAAGCAUUUUAAGUAAUGAAGUAAAUAUGUUACAAUUAAUGACAUUUUUCAUAACGAUCUCGUUAUCUUCAACAGAAAACUCCGAUGACACUCGCGAGAAGUCAAAUUGGCUUGUUCGACUUGAUGCGGCACCGCAAGAUCCCACAGGAGGAUGACAUCAAAGUACCGCGAGAGCGAUUCAAAACCAAACAUUUUAUGGUGUUUAGAAUGGCUCUCGCGGUCUUAUGAUGUCACCCCCUGUCGGAUCUUGCGGCGCCGAAGAAGCCUAAUCAAACUGCUGAUCCUUUCCAUGUUCCGUGUGAUUGGCUGUUUGCCGCACGUGUCACAAUUUCGGGUGCACGCGCCUCCCGAACUCUGGAUCAAAUCGGAGUUGACAGAGCAAGUUUAAACCAAGCGUUGUGCUACAGCUGAACCUGAUCCAAUCCAGGUUGGGGUUGUGUGGUUUUGUCAACUCAAAACUUACUCAGUGUUUGUGCACCUCGCUUCAUGAUACAGGCCAAAGACGCGUCUGUCAGAUGAAACUUUUACUAUUAGGGUGAUCUAAAAAAACAUCUUGUAACCAAUGUCCCUUUGUUUUUGCUUUCCUGUAGCUCUGUGGCUAGAGCAUGGUGCAAGCAACACAAAGGUCAUGGGUUCGAUACUAGGGAUUGCACAUACUCGGAUACAAAUGCUUUGGAUAAAUGCGUCUGCCAAAUGCAUAAAUGGAAAUGUCCCAACUCCCAUAAUAUAUUUUUUCAGAAAUAUUCAAAGUUAAAGUCAGUCCUGUUUCAAAUCAUAGUAUGAUAAAAUAAGUAUCCUUAAAGUUCCUGGGUAAGGGCUAGAUGGGAUACAGCAACGGCCAAAAUCUUGCAACAUCUUGGGUUUGGGUUAGGUCUAGUGGUAGGAUUAAGAUGAAAAUAGUGCUUAUCGGGUGAGAUUUUGGCAAAUAUUACUGUAUCCAUUUAAGCCACUGAAAGUACCUCAGCGGUUCUGAAGUGCAGAUUCAUGAACACUGUUGACAGCUGAUACUACCCACAACUUACUGUGUGAGGGAGGAGUUUUUGUCGCUACACUGAAUUAAUAAAUUAAUUAUAAAAAAGAAAAUAAAUAUAUAAAUAAAUCAUAUCGAAUGAAAUGCAUGUACUGUAGGAGUAACAAAGGUCACUUGUGUUAUGUGUUAGAAUAUGUUUUAGCAUUUUCAUACUUUUGUCUCGAAACAAUUACAAAAAAAGUUCAUAUUUCCAGGGUAUGUGAAUAAGCACACAGCAGAAGUGUUGUGCAGUAGACACUACCCUGCCCGACCACCAGAUGGCGUUGUGUCUCAAAAUUUCACUCUCAAACUUUGCCAGGCUUCAAUAAUGUGCUGCUGAUGCAAUGGAAAAGUACAAGAGCCUCUUAGAACACCCUUGCCUUGUAUGGAUGACAAAACAAACAGCGAAAUGAAAUGACAUGUAAUAGACAUGACCUGACAUUACAGGAUGUGGUGAACUUAAUUAAAGGAAGUUAAGUUUGUCAUAAAAAAAAAAUGCUUGGCCAGGAGGAAAUGUGCAAUGUAACUGGAGUUUUCUGAAUGGAGAAAUCAACAGUCAAUAUUUUUUAAAAAGUAUAAAUAUAGAACAUAUAGCACAAAGGAUAAAGUUUUUUAAGGGGAAUCACAAACUAGUGUAUAAUGCUCUGCAUUACGUCAGAUAUCCACAGACAAAUACUGUACAUCACAAUUGUCAAAAUAAGACGUCUAAUUGUGGAUUGUGAUGAUUUUAAUGUGUUGUAGAAAGAUACUUGUUUGUUUUAACUGAUCAUCAGUGCUUUGAAGAUGCAGAUGGUUUGGGAUAAAUGGCAAACUAUGAUGUCAUAAGGCCCCAUCACGUUUAUAAGAUAGAACUUUGCCUUUGUUUUUUGUAGCUCGUGCUCAUGUGCGUCAUAUCGCAUGGCCAAGGCUUUAGGGGUGAGGCGAAUCGUUUAAACCAUUACAAAGAGGGAAUAACAGUAGCAAUGUGUAUAUUUGUGUAACUAUUUCGGAUUUGCCAGGUCAUUGUGUGUUUGUCUACUAAAAUAACUAUAUGUCAUUGUUUCUUUGCUUUUGUAAUGUGUUACUUGUGUAAGAGACAAAAGAAUGUGAACAUAUGUACGUCUGUGUGUGCGUGCGUGCAUUUAUUAUGUAGUGGUUUGGAUGGUUGGUGCGGGCCUUUUUUUAUAACAUUGUUACUAAUAUUUUGAAAUAUAUCAAGACUUCUGAGGACAUUUAAUGUGGUUUUCUCAUAUAUUUCCGAAAUCAGAUUUUACUUUAAAUAUGGCAACAGAUUUGUGGUUCAGAUUUUAGGAUUAGGGUUUGUAACAGAAGCCUCAAAAGAAUAGGUGUCUAUGAGAUGUCCUCAGUAACGCAGUGAAACAAAUGUGUGUGUCUGGUUCAGUCAACCAGUUUGAUAUGCUCAUGUUGCGUCCUUUGUGAGAACUGGCGAGAGUUUUGACUGUUCAUUUUCUUUGUUUUUGUGAAGGUCUGAUUAGUUUUGACUGUCCAUGUGUGUGUGAGAGAGAGAGAGAGAGAGAGAGAGGGAGAGUUGUAUAUUUAUAUUUGCGUUCACUGCUGAGUCAAUCUAAAACAUGCCAUAUCUAUCCACUCACAUACAUGAGUGUAAAAAAAAUAUUUUAUGAUUUAAAAAUAUCUGCCAACUUUUACCAUGUUCUUACAGAGUUUUUCCCAAAAAUCAAGUAACUCUUUGUUUCAUCAUUAGAAUGCUGUCUGUCCCUGUUUUGCUAUCUGUUUCUUUGCUACAUUAGCAAAUAUGAAAAUAAAAGCCGUAUUUUGUCUUAUCUACUGUUGUUUAUUUAUGUAUUGAACAAUGUCUCGGUUAGUUUUGAAAGGUACAGAGAAAUAAAUACAUCACAUGUGUUU